AUGGCUAAUCAAAACUAUAAUGAUUCACACCGUUUGUUUAUACAAGCCAUGUUGUCUAAGCGAAUUAUCACUGAAUCAGAGGCACAUAGACUGUAUGAGAGAGUAGGGCAAGUUACACAAGUGGGUUCAGAAACAGACUACCCAUUGUUUAUUGCUGCCAUUAAUAAAGAACUAGAAGAACUUGACUUUUCACUCCGUAUUUCUCAUGAUGAACGCACUGGAGAAGCAUUCUUGAGUUAUAUCAAUCUGAAGCAAGAUCCAAUGACAGAGAUCGCAACUACAUUUUCACCUAAAGAACUUGCUUAUAUUCGUGAGUUACUCAACAAAAUAGUCAAUGCAGAAGACGAAAACUUUGCGAUCAAGUCCAUGACAGCUAUUCGAUUAGCAAGCAAGAUCACACCUACCAAUCUAACUAGCAAAGAAGCUCAAGAAGUAUUGGAUCAAUUGGUCAAAGAAAAAUGGCUUGCUUUUGAAUUAGAAAAAGGCGUAUACUAUAUUGAUACCCGUGGUAUUGCUGAGCUGCAAGGCUAUCUUCGUGAACAAUAUGGUGAAGCCAUGAAAGAAUGCACUUUCUGUUUAGAUGUAGUCACUAUGGGUGAAUGUUGUACAAACACGAAUUGUAAUGUACGUAUUCACAAAUACUGUGCAGAGAGUCAAUUCAAGAAUGCUACUAACCCUGUAUGUCCUGCGUGUACUGCUCCUUGGUCAAGAACAAAUACGUUUGGCUUGGGGUUGCCUGAAACAGCCAUGAAUCCUGAUUACCAGAGUGAAGAAGAGGAAGAGGAAGAGGAUCAAUAA